AAUCAGUCACACACUUUCUGAGUAGCUUGCCUCAACGAAAUAUAUAUUCCCAAAAUUUUCAGUUUCUAAGCAAAAUGUCUGAGCUGCUGAAAAGCGUGGAAAACUUGCCCCUGGAGCCGACGCUGCCGAGAUUGUCGUUGAAUGAGUUUCGUGGCGGCAAUCAGCUGCCAACUUGGGACGUACCCGAGCAGGAGUUUCACCUGGGGAAGAAGUACCCGCUGGUGCCGAUGGUGUUGAAGAACUGGGAACUGAGCGAUCCCGAUGAUCUGGUGCUGAAGCUCGGCUCCAGGCAGAUCCGUAUGAAUCGGCUGCGCUUCAUGUGCUACUCGAAGUUCGCCAUGGAUCAUGUGAAGGGGGGACAGCGCGAAUUGGUGCUGCCCGAGGAUCGGGUGCCGGAGGAGGGCCUGGUGCGCACUUGUCACUGGCUGAACCAGCCAGUUGCGAAACUGGAGCGCGGCUCCAUUAUGGAGGUGCUGGCCGCAGCUCUGUACUUGGAGGUGGACUCGCUGAUCAAGCAGGUAUGGUUCAGUCUGAACCUGGUCGACGAGUUUAGCGAGGAUCAGGCCUUCGCCGUGUCCUACGAGUCGCUGCGGCUGCGCCAUUUGCUGCCCGUGGUGGGCCUGGACAAAACCAUGCUGCAUCGCAUACAACGCUUCUUCCUCACGCUGGUCGCCAGCGUGGAGUUUGUUGAGCUGCCCUUCGAGCACGUUCACUACCUGAUCAGCUCCGAGAAUGUGGCCGUCAAUAGCGAGAUGGAGAUGCUCUACGUGGCAAUGCGCUGGCUCACGCACGACUGGAAGGCACGGGCUGAGUAUGCGAUGACCCUCAUCAAGCUGGUGAGCCUGAUGACGCUGCCUUUCGAAUAUAUCAUGGAUCUGCAAGCGGGCCGAGUUGAGGGACCUGUCAAGUACAUCACCGAGCUGGAAGAGUUCCCAGACUACAUCUAUGAAGUUUACACGAACCACCUCUUAAUGGAAUUCGACGAUGGUUCCAGGGCCAUUGAACAGCUCCGCGAAUUAUUCAAGGUCGAGCUGCCCAUGCAACGGCCUUUCAUCUCCGAUAAUCUGUGCGGCUAUCACAGAGCCACGCCCGAUGAUCUUGCGAAAGUCUUCAGUUACGAAGAUUUCUUGGAUUAUUUGCGUGCGAUCCAUAAAAACGGCAUAUAUAGCUGGAAGGCACUGGACGUUCAGCGCACAUCUAGCCGCUUCAAAAUGGUCUAAGAAGCAAGUCUUCUUUCAUCUGAAUCGAAUUGCUGACAGCAUGCAAGAUCGGCUUAAAGAUAUGAGGAUUUUACUGCACUUUUGUGAUAUA